AUGUUGAAACAGUUGUUAAAAGACCCAUUAUUGUCAGAUCUAACAAAAUUAAAUAAUAAUGGUAGUAUAAGUAUAGAAGAAGUUGAUAUUCUGAUUUCGUUGGAAACUGGUACAGCUUUUGAAAUCAAGAUUGAACGAGAUGGAUUAGAACCGCUGAAUAUAAAAAAUUUAAUUCAACUAAAAGUCGAAAAAUUACAAAAAGAAAGUAAUAAGGGUCUUAGACCUAAUAAAAAGAUUAGUUGGAAAUACAUUUGGAAAUCUUAUUGUUUAACAUUUGAAAGUCAACGUUUAUUACAAGAUAAACUUCCAAUACAAGAAUUAGGCAUUCGCAGUGGCAGUGUUUUAAAGUUUUCAAGGUUGGUCAGAAAAUUACGUAAAAAGCGUGGUAUUGUUGAGGAUAAUCGAAAAUAG